ACAUAGUUGUACCGCCACACACAGAAACAAACACGGUUCCUUUUCACUACUCAAAAACAUUUUUCUUAUUAAUUUCAAAGACUUUCUCGUAUGUAUCCCAUGUUCCUUUAUUCGGUGUGUCUCUAUUCAAUCUUCAAACUUUACCAAAUCUCACUCAAACCCUUUUCUUCUAAACCAUGAAAACCAAUUUCAAAGAUCCAGAUUACUCUUCAUUCACUUUCUCAAAACUCAUCACUUUCUUUUUCCUUUUAAUCACUGUUUCUUACCUUUUUUAUUCCCUUAGAUUUGUCACUCAUAACUAUCAUUGUGAUGAAAAUCACCACAACCCCAUCAUUCUUAGCCACACAAAGUUCCAACCUUUUGUUGAAGAAUUUGAAGAAUCAAAAUCAAUACCAACUAACAUUUCUCAUAUAGUGUUUGGAAUAGGUGCAUCAGCAAAACUAUGGAAAAAAAGAAAAGAAUACAUAAAACUAUGGUGGAAACCAAAUCAAAUGCGAGGCAUUGUUUGGUUAGAACAAAAAGUGAAAAUUGAUUCUAAUGAUGAAAAUCUCUUACCCCUUUUAAAGAUCUCUGAAGAAACAACAAAUUUCAAGUACAAAAAUCCAAAGGGUCAUAGGUCAGCUAUAAGGAUAUCAAGGAUAGUAUCAGAAACAGUUAGACUUGGUAUGGAAAAUGUGAGAUGGUUUGUUAUGGGUGAUGAUGAUACAUUUUUUGUUGCUGAGAAUUUGAUUAAUGUUUUGAAGAAAUAUGAUCAUAAUCAAUUUUAUUAUAUUGGUAGUAGUUCAGAAAGUCAUUUGCAGAAUAUUUAUUUUUCUUAUAAUAUGGCUUAUGGUGGUGGUGGAUUUGCUAUAAGUUAUCCUUUAGCUGUUGCUUUGGAGAAAAUGCAAGAUAGGUGUAUUCAAAGAUAUCCUGGAUUGUAUGGUUCUGAUGAUAGGAUUCAAGCUUGUAUGGCUGAGCUUGGUGUUCCACUUACUAAGGAAAAAGGGUUUCAUCAGUUUGAUGUGUAUGGGAAUCUCUUUGGGCUUCUAGCAGCCCAUCCCAUUACACCGUUGGUAACCCUCCACCACUUGGAUGUCGUGGAGCCCAUAUUUCCGAAUGUUAGUCGGGUCCAAGCCCUAAAGCGGCUUACAUUGCCAAUGAAUUUAGACCCGGCUGGACUCAUCCAACAAUCCAUUUGCUAUGACAAAACACGGACUUGGACCAUAUCUGUGUCAUGGGGCUAUGCGGUUCAAAUAUUUCGGGGUACUUUCUCUGCCCGGGAGAUGGAGAUGCCGGCGAGGACCUUCCUAAAUUGGUACAAGCGAGCUGAUUACACUGCCUAUCCGUUCAAUACACGCCCCGUCAGCCGAAAUGUUUGUCAAAAUCCAUUUAUUUAUUACUUGUCUAAUGUGGUAUAUGAUGAGAAUACAAAUGAGACUGCAAGUCGAUAUGUUCGGGUUCAAUCAAAUCCGGAUUGCAAGUGGAAAAUGGAGGAUCCGUCUCAAAUCAAAAUGGUAGUGGUUUAUAAAAAACCCAACCCGCAUUUGUGGGACAAGUCUCCAAGAAGAAAUUGUUGCAAGGUUCGAAAUGCAAAGAGGAAAGGAACUAUGGUGAUUGAUGUGGGGGAAUGCAGAGAGGAUGAAGUUGUUGAAUUGUAGUUAUAGCUUCUUUGUUGAAAAUUCUUGAUUCAAUCGUUUAAUAUAUAUAUAUAUAUAUACAAAAUUAUUUAUUUCUUUGCGGCAAAUGCAGACUAAGGAUGAGUGGUAGAAGCCCAAAUUAUUUUACUUUCUACUUUAGAAAAAAUGUAAUUGUUUUGACCAAAAUUUCUGAAAGAGACUAAGAGGGAUGUUUAUAGCAACAUUAAGGUUCACAACUUUUAGGAGGAUACUGCAUCUUAGAUUGUUUAACAGCAUCUAGAUGUUAGGGUAAACUAAACUUACAAACCUCUUCAGUAGUUUAGGCAUUCUGCUUUGUAUGUAAAGUUAUCAAUUUAUAUGGUCCAUAUACUUGUGGGAACAAAAAGUUUUCAAAGUAAAAGAGCCCAUUCAA